CUUAAGAACAAUUUUAGAUAUGUUUUAGCUUUUAUUCGAAUAAAAUGUACGCAAAUAUCACGCGCAGUUCGUUAAUACUUUUGUUAAUUUCCGUAAUCGCCCUAAUCCACGGUUAUCCCUUCAAUUCCCACGACGAUGAGCGGAUUGUGGGAGGAGCAGAAACAACAAUUGAUCGCUUUCCAUAUCAGAUUUCAGUUCGGAAAAGCGGACGUCAUAGUUGCGGAGGUUCAGUUCUCAAGUUGACUGUCGUGAUAUCUGCCGCUCACUGUAUAGCUGCCUCUGGAACUCUUGAAAACCUGACUGUAGUGGCUGGAACAUCUUAUCGAGCGGAAGUAGAGGAGGAGCGCAAAGUACAGGAUGUGCGCAUUCAUCCAGAAUACGAUAUUAAUCCAACUAGAAACGAUUUAGCACUCCUGAUUCUCGAUAAGGCUCUUUAUUUUUCAAAAACUAUUCAACCCAUUGAGCUUCCCAAUCCAGGAGAUACAGUUCGAGCUGGAACGAAGGCGAUCGUGACGGGAUGGGGUGAUUUGACAGAAGGUGGAUCAUUCUCUGAGCAACUCCAAUAUGUGGCCGUUCAUAUUAUUACAAACGAAGAGUGCGAGGCGAAGUACGGUGAAGGGAAAAUCUACCCAAACAUGAUAUGCGCAGGGGAUGACAUUGGUGGCAAGGACGCUUGUCAAGGAGAUUCCGGUGGUCCAUUGACUGUAGGCGGCACUCUUGUAGGGAUCGUCUCAUGGGGAUACGGGUGUGCAAGGCCUGAUUAUCCUGGCGUUUAUGUUCGAGUUGCCAAUUUACGAGAUUGGAUUGACCGUGAAGUGAAGAAACUUGGCUAUUAAAUAGUUUUAGUCACAUUAGUUAUUGGAAUAUCUGAAAUUGACUAAUAAAGAAGUUGCGUUUUAAUAA